GAUCUUUUCCGGUUGAGCUAACAUUCCACGAAAAACCUGUUUAAUAGUCGUCUUUAAUUACGCUCUGUGUCAGUCGAGGAGCCAAUUUUACCAUGGAAGUUCAACAACUGUUUAAAAACCUCAGGAAAGAGGCUGAAUGUCCUCUGUGCUUGGAGACAGUCGAAGAUCCCAGGACUCUGCCAUGUUUACAUUCAUUCUGUCUGCUGUGUCUCGACAAACACGCAAACUACGCAAGAAGACAGCUUCAGACAGCAAUCAAAUGUCCGGUUUGUCAGGCUAGUUUUCAAAUUCCUGAAGGGGACACGUUUGGCGGCCUUCCUGCAUCUUUUCAUCUCAACCGACUGGUGGAUCUCCUUGCUUUAAGGGAUGGCAGCACAGAAUCCCAGAGAUGCGGCAGUUGCGAAGAAAACAACACUGCAACUCAUUACUGUUUUGAGUGCCAGAGCUUUCUCUGUACAACUUGUUUUGAAGCCCAUCAGCGCUUCAAGGCCACAAAGGGUCACAGAAAUAUCUCUGUCAAGAAUUUGCAGGCAGACGAUGUUGACGAGUUGAUUCGCAGACCAGUUAUGUGUUCAGUGCAGUAUCACCAAGAUCAACCUCUUGAAUAUUAUUGUAAAGAUUGUAACGUUUGCACCUGCAUAAAGUGCAGUGUUGUGAGUCAUAAUCGACACACUAUGGUUGAUAUGCUGAAAGCUGCAGAUGAACAAAAGAUGCAAAUAGAUGAGACUCUAAAGAAAGUAAAAGAAGAAGUUGCCAUUUUUGAAAAGAAAAUGAAGGACCAAACCGAGUUCAUGGACAAAAACAAAACACAAAUAUCGGCUGCCAGAGAGAAGAUGAACGAAACUGUGGACGAUUGUAUCCGCUUAUUAACAGAACAUAAAACGAUAAUGAAUGCCAAAUUCGAUGAAAUUGAUCAAGCACAUCAAAAAGCUCACGCAACACACCUGGAAAACUUCCAGCUCGCUAUCACUCAGUUGGGAAGUUCUCUUCAACAAGGUGAAAAUAUCUUAGAAAGGAAUAUCAAUGCCGAAAUUUUGCAAACGAAGCCAGUGAUUAUAAGACGCUGCGAGGAUCUUUUAAAUGCAAUAAAACCUAAGAUAUACAAACCACCACGAGUUCAUUAUGUGGUAGAAAAGGAGAUGGAUAUUUUGGAUCGAGUUGUCGUAAGCCAUACGGAUCCCUCUUUGACACUUAUCAAAGGACUAUCUGGGUAUGCGACAGAACAGAUGGAGACACAUUUUACUAUUAUUACGAGAGAUUCAGAGGAAAGUCAGUGCUAUGACGAGGAAGACCACAUAAGAUGUGAUAUUCGCAAUUGCACAGAGAGUGACUUGGAUGCAGAUGUAGAGUUUGAAAAUGACGGAAAAGGUUGCUAUACGGUUAUCUAUACCCCAUAUCGUGUCGGACUAUACGAGGUGAAGAUUGAGGUUAAUGGACAACCGCUGGAUCAUAUUCCCUGGAGGGUUCAAGUUAUCCCACAUCUGUAUCAGUUGAACUUUGGAUUUGGCUCAAGUGGUAACAGACCUGGACAGUUUAAUGGUCCUUAUGACAUUGCUGUAAGUGAUAAGACAGGAACUAUUGCCGUAUCUGACUACGAAAAUAAGAGAAUUCAGCUGUUUGACUGUGAAGGCCGCUACCUGAGAGAGAUAAGACUGAGGUCUAACUGCACCUCAUUAGACUUCACCAAGUCCGGUCACAUAAUUGCUGUCACUCCUGGUGAUGUUCAUAAAAUGUCUUUGUUUUCUGAGGAGGGUCAGUUUGUCGAGUACAUCGACAAUGAGCACUUGAAGCUUCCUUUUCAUAUAUCCAUUGAUAACGAAGAUUACAUAACGAUAUGUGAUCGAGAGAGAAAUGAAGUCAUAGUAAUCUCUCCGGACAGAACGGAGUUGGUGACACGUAUUACUGCUUCAGAGUGUGAACAAUCCUUAACGUACGCCAUUUAUCACGAAGACACACAUCGUUUCUUUGUCUCUGAUUUCAAAGCUAACCUUGUCAAUGUUUUUGAUGAGGGCGGAAAAUUUCUGUAUGAAAUUGGUCGUGGAAGGUUACUUCACCCUACUGGACUUGCUAUUGAUAAAUUCAACAAUUUGAUCGUCUGUGACACUGGAAACCAGAGACUUAAAAUAUUUACUAUUGAAGGAGACUUACUGUCAGUGACAGAACAAUUUUUCCACACACCGUAUUUUGUUGCUGUGUCUAAAGAAGGGGACGUCCUAGUCACUGUUUACGAAAAAAACCGUAUUUUUAUCUUUCAAUAGACCUAUAAUAGGAAAAAGGGUAUUAAAGAUAAGUCUUACAGAUCGAGUUUAGGGCACAAUCAUGAGCACAAAACACUUUUUUAACUAAGUAAAUAAAGAGAAAGCACAGAAGACAGUAAGGAUGAGAACUUUAAAAAAUGUUUUGACAAGGUAGAAUUUGUACGAGGAGUUGGAUACACAGGUCUCUCAAAAAAUUCCAAAAACUUACCUAAACAGAGCUUUGGACGAAAGUCGUAAAAUGUCUACCUUUUGGCUGCUUAUUCACUUGAUCCAAUUCUUUAUGUUAAACGGCUGUAAUGAAUAGAACAUAGCUUAUUAAGCGUUUGCAGGCAGUUGUUAAUGGACCCGGCAGUAUGAAGCUUUGGUGUAUUGCGCAUACCAAAAGUUAAUCAAGAACAUGAAUUGGAGAUAAAAAUACCAGAGGUCAAACAUAAUUACUCGUAGAUCUCCCCACUACCAUCAUAGACAUCAAAAUACCUUCAUCUAGUGGUUCUUUACCAUUAUUAUGGUUUUACCCGUCGCAACCACUUAAAGCAUCAAUUAAUUUUUGUUUUGAGGUAGUCCCUAGAGUACAUAUAUCCUAUUAAACGUUUCGUUGUGUAGUAUCGCUGAGUAUUUUUACGAGUUGUGCCUUAUUUUGACGAGCCUGU